AUGGCCGAUCUACCAUUUCAGUGGGACGAUGGCAAUUUUAUCUCCCCUUUUGUGGCUGCCAGCGAGGCGGACAUGGAGGCAUUCGCGGAGUGGCUCACUGCGUGCUACCUCAGCUCGAUUGUACAUAAUUCCACCACUUCUUCUCGUAACCGCGCCGAUCAGCUCUGUGCCGUCCCCUGGCCAUAUGAAAUGCGGCUUACAGACCUCGGGUGUGGUGACGCCACAGCGGUGCUUUCUUUGGCUCAGCACCUCCGCAAAGACUGGUGCGAUCUGCAAAGCACCACUGACGAUGCUCCGCCGCCGGACCACGCGGUCCCGUUGCACAUCAUCGUGACAGGCAUUGAUCUGGAUGAUGCACUUCUGGAUACUGCAGCGGCGAAUGCGUCUGUCUUCUCUGUCACAGUCGCCUCGCCGUCGUCGUUGCCGGUGUCGAUAGAGACACACAUUCUUUCUCAGGACCUCCGCACUAUAGAUGUGGAUGUGCACUUUCCCCGCUGUGUGCAGGGCGGCGCCGACUCUUUCUACCCCUCAACACGCCCUCCCUACGUGCUCUACAUGUACCUCCUGCCCGACGCACUCGCUCUGCUGCGGGAGAAGCUGGUAGACAUCCUGGAGCGUGGUUGGGUUGUUGCAUCGAACCGCUGGCCCAUCCCAGGGCUCGAAGCCUCCCUGCAGGCUUGUGCUGGGCACGUGCACAUUUACUCCCGCACGGCACCAUAG